UUAGGUAGAGUCUGUUGCGAGGAUCCGUUAAUAUCACGUCGAUCAGCAAGACGAAAGGAAGCCGUGAAAAUGAGCGCUGGAAUGCCGGAACUUGGUUCGAAGAUCAGCCUGAUCUCAAAGGCUGACAUUCGUUACGAGGGAAGACUGUUCACCGUUGAUCCCCAGGAAUGCACCAUUGCCCUUGCAAAUGUUAAAUCAUUUGGCACAGAGGACAGGGAAACACAAUUUCCAGUAGCACCUCAAAAUCAAGUUUAUGAGUACAUCUUGUUCCGUGGCUCAGAUAUCAAGGACAUCAGAGUUGUCAACAGUGUUAGCACAUUGCCCAAUGAUCCAGCCAUUGUCCAGAUGACAGUUCAGCCAAUGGGACAGCAGUCAUAUCAACCUCAACAAGGUUUUGCACAUCCCAUGAUGGGUCAAAUGGGUGGCAUGGGAGGUCAAUUUGGACCACCAUACAGCAUGAGUUCUAUGGGUGCUAUGGGUCCAAUGAUAGGCAUGGGAGCAGCGCCCAAUAGGCCAGCCAUGAACAAACAACCAAGUGUAUUGGAUAUCAUUGGUGGAGGAUCUCGUUCAACGACUCCGACCUCACUUCUGACAAGAAAAAGUCCAACAAUGGACCAAGGUGUCCAAGUUAAUCAGCAAUCUAACAAUAUUGGCAAGAUUGGAGAUAAGCAAAAUUUGAGAAACACGCAAGUACCUCAUAGAGAUCGUGAUGGUGGAAGAGCGAGUGGUAUGUCUCAGUAUAGCGAGGGUAAACAGCAACAGCAUCAAAGAGACGGUCAGAUGCAUCAAGGCGGUCAGAACAUGCGUAAUCGUGGUCCAGGAGGUGGGGGUGGUGGCGGCUGGAUGAACAACCAGCAACGUGGUCCUCAAAUGAUGCGAGGUCGUGGCGGUCCACCUGGUGGUCCUCGUGGUGGACGUGGUGGUAAUUUUAGGAAUCAGCCUGGUGGUAACAAAGCCAAGAACACCCUAAAAUUCGACAACGACUACGAUUUCGAGCAAGCCAACACCGAAUUCGAGGAGCUUAGAUCGAAAUUGGCAAAAACAAAAAUCGAUGGUGGCGUGGGUGGCCCUGAAAGUGAGAAAAAAGAUGACAGUGGCAACGAGACUGGAGCGGGUGACAAUGAGCCUGAGGAGGAACAGCCUGAAAUUGUACAUUACGAUAAAGCCAAAUCAUUCUUCGAUAACAUUAGCUGUGAAGCUGUUGAAAGGAGUAAAGGUCGAUCUCAGCGUACAGAUUGGAGGACAGAGCGCAAGUUGAAUUCUGAGACAUUUGGCGUGGCGUCGAUGAGACGCGGCAACUUCCGUGGUCGUGGUUACUACAACAAUCGUGGUGGGAACAUGGGUGGUGGCAAUAUGAUGUACCACCAACGUAAUAAUCAGGCUGGCAAUCAGAACUUCAACCGUGGUGGUUACAGAGGCCCAAGAGGUGGUGGUGGUAGUGGUGGUGGUGGUGGUAGUGGUGGUGGUGGUCAACGCAGACCCAACCAGCAGCAACAGCAGCAAAACUCGCAGACGGGAUCGUCAAGUGGACAAAGCAACCAAAGUAACCGCACCACCUUGACUAAUGAACAACAGCCAAGUAAUAACACCACCAGCACUAACACUAGUGCAAGUAAUACGAAUGCAGCCUCAUCGUCAAGUACCAGCACGAGUCAGCCGGCGAAGCGUUUGGUGACAGGCACUGCGUAAUCUCAGCCCUUCGACGAGUCUCACGCGCUCAACCGAACUGUGUAACAUGUGAGGUCGAGCGAACAUGGAAAGGAAAUAGAAAGAUAUCGGGUCUGUUUCGUUCUCAUUCAUUCGCCAAACAGUUUUCCGUAUGGCAUUAGAACGAAAUGAAUCCGAUAGUUCAAUGAGUAAAAGGGAAAGAUAAAAUAGACACGCGCUAUUUAUAAAUAAGUAUUCAUUUAGUGUAUAAGAUUUUUACGGUAAACGCGCGUUUGAGUGAGAGCGAGGAUUGAACGUGGCUUGUCUCCGUUAGGCGAUCGUACGCCGAUAUUAUGAAAGAAUUAUCCGAGUUAGAUUAUUAUGGGCUCGCAACAUUAAUUUUGCUAAAAAAGAAAAGUAGACGAAAAAAAGAAGAGAAAGAAGAGAGAGGAGAGAGUGAGAGAGAGAUGAAAGAAUUUACAAGGAUAAAAGAGUAAAUGUAACUUUAUCAUCAUGCGCCUGUGUAUAAAGAAGUGCGCCGGAUGCAUUUCAAACUUACAAGUUUUCUUUUCUGCAUAGGAGGUACAAUGCUCAUUAUAAAAAACCAAAUAACGAAAAGAAAUUAUAAAAAUACGCGCAUGGGACCACGGCACUUUUCGUCUACAAUGCUAUUUAUAUAUGUAUGCAUACACCGUCGUAAUUAAUUCAAUUUGACAAGGAGAAUCGUUAGAUCGAUGAAAAGAAAAAGUAAACAAAAAGAAGUAAUUUUUUAAUAAAUAUAGGAAUGGUCUUACAUAAGAAAGGCGACCCAUGGUAUAGCUGGAUUGUAUCCGCGUUGUCGGAAGUGACGGGAAUUGAUAAAAAUAGAAACGUUUUUUAUGUACGCAUUUAUGCAUUUUUUUUUGACCGAAUUCAGAAAAUGCGUGCGAAUUCUCCUUUAAUAAACUUGUGUUAUGUCCAUAUUACGCGUACGGUGUCACUGCUAACGUUUCUUUUUUUACAGAGAAAAAUGCUCUGCGAAUAAAACUAUAAAUAUACAUCUCUCUCGUGCCGUGGUAAUCUAACAAAAUGAAAUUAAAUCGGAAGAAAAAAAAAAUUUGCCGUAACCUGCUUUGAUACAUCGUCGUCUUUACGAGGAACGUAUUAAAAUAACUUUACUUAUAACUUUUGUACAAGUGAGAGGGUUACCAGUGCCUGGUACACAUACGCGCAGUUGAUGAAUUUUGUCUUUGUCGUCGAUGGGCGUCCCCCGCGUGUUCUUGCCCACAAACAAGAGAACACGGGGGCGAUUUCCGGACGUGCAUCGUCGUCGAAAAAAUAAGCAGGUUACACAUAACUAUUAAUUCGAGGUGUUAUAUUGUUCCGGACGAGUAUCAAGCGCCGUCGAUCUUGAUCCAAGUGUAUUUUCCUUAUUAUCAUUACUAUUUUUCUUGAAUGAAUAUUUUCCUUCGUUUUUCUUUUUUAAUCAUAUAGAUUCGCUGCGAUUGUUUUAUCUUCAUGAAUUAUCCGGUUUUUGAUUAUUUUGAGUGGACGAGUGUCGUGCCUGCGAAAAUCAAUUUAUUCUGGCUUGAUAUAAUAAUCGAAAGACAACGCACUGUAUCUCACGACACUUGGAAUUUGAAGAAGAAAGAAAAAUACAAGGAAAUUGAAUGAAAGAAAAAGAAAAGCAUUAGUCGUAAUGUAACGCAUGGGGAUGACGUUCGUUUGUGACUGUUAUAAAUUUUUUUCUGGGAAAAGAGAUACAGGAUAGUCGUGUUGCGAAUGAUGACGUUUAAGGAUAAAAAAAAUCGAACAGCGGUGCACGAUUUCCUGACGAUGUGUAUGGGUCUCUUUCUGUUUUUUGUACAGCGGACAUUGUGAUUCCCGAUGUUGAGAUAAUACAGAGAAGAGGCAAAAGAUCA